CUGCAUCCGGCCGAAGCCCCCAGCUACCGCCACCCAUUUCCGGCUGAAAAACCGAAUUUUCAGAUCUGCUCUGCUCCUCCUUCUCACCGCCGGCUGCUCCUGCUUUGUGGGGGCGAAUUGCUCUGAUUUUUCGCCGUGAGUUUCUCCCUAAAUUGCCGUCGGCUUUUCCCCCCCUGCUAGGUCCGGUUUGCAGCUGGAAAAUUCGGGUUCCCGAUCGUUCUAUCAGUUAUCACUGAGAUUGAGUUUUCGGUUUUAUGCGAGUGAGGUAAGUAAAUUUAUAGUAAUGCCCGUACAGUUUUUAAAAGUAUGUUUUGACUUGUUUUUGAAGUGGUGGUCGGACUAAACCCGUUUUAUACAAAAAUGAGCAUGAUUGAUUUGAAAUAAAAUUAUUAUUCUUUUUAUUGAAUUGAGCAUGCCUACUUGAAAUUUAAUUUAUUGUCCUGAUGAUUUGAAAGUGAUUGGUGAAUUAUGAUUUUUCUGUUAAGCUCUGUCUGUUUUGUCCCCGAUAUGGUCAUAUUAUUCGUGUAUCCGCUAGUGGGAGGUUUAUAAACGCUAGCACAUGUCGACAUGUUAUUAAUAGAACCGGUUCGUUUCUGUUAUCCUGCUAGUAGGAUUAUACACUAGUAAAUCAUGUGCCUGUCAGUGGGAGAUUUAUAACACUGGCCAUGGCCUAUAAAGGAGACGUCUAUUUCGUUUCCGUACUCGUACCUAUUUUUUGUGAUUAUACUUGUUGGCAUGCUAUAGGAAGCGAAACCGAGGACGGGGAAACCACAGGAAGUGACGAGUUAGAAGGCUAGCCAUUUCAAGAUUGAUAUAGAUUUUAGAAAUAAAUUAUGCUUUUGUAAGAUAGAUUUUACCUUGAAUUUAUGAGAUCAAAACAGAUUUUAUGAGAGUAGAUUUUUGUGAUAUGAUUUAAGUUAUCGGAUUGUCAGAUGUGAAUU